AUGGCGGUCGGCGGCGAUGCCAACGGCGGCUGCGGGGUGUGGCAGCGGCAGCGCGGGUGCUCGUGCACCAAGGCGGACUUCUUCCCGGAGGAGUCGUUCUCGAGCUGGUCGGCGUACGGGCGCGCGCUGCGGAGCACGGGGUCCCGGCUGGCGGACCGCCUCACGUCGCGGUCCCUGGAGUCGACGGAGCUGCACGAGGUGCGCUCCCGCAGCGGCGCCGACAUGAAGCGCGACCUCACGUGGUGGGACCUCGCGUGGUUCGGCGUCGGCGCCGUCAUCGGCGCCGGGAUCUUCGUGCUCACGGGCCAGGAGGCCAGGGAGGACGUCGGCCCCGCCGUCGUCAUUUCCUACGUCGUCUCCGGCGUCUCCGCCAUGCUCUCCGUCUUCUGCUACACCGAGUUCGCCGUCGAGAUCCCCGUCGCAGGUGGAUCGUUCGCCUACUUGCGGGUGGAGCUCGGCGACUUCAUGGCGUUCGUGGCGGCGGGCAACAUCCUGCUGGAGUACUGCAUCGGCGGCGCGGCCGUGGCGCGCGCCUGGACGUCCUACUUCGCCACUCUGCUGAACCACCAGCCCAGCGACUUCCGGAUCCACGCGUCGGGGCUCGACGCCAACUACUCGGAGCUGGAUCCGAUCGCCGUCGUCGUCAUCGCGCUCGUCUGCAUCUUCGCCGUGGUCAGCACCAAGGGCACCUCCCGCUUCAACUACGUCCUCUCCAUCGUCCACAUCGCCGUGCUCAUCUUCAUCAUCGUGGCUGGGCUCACCAAGGCCGACACCGCCAACAUGCGGGACUUCAUGCCCUUCGGCGUCCGCGGCAUCUUCUCGGCGUCCGCCGUGCUCUUCUUCGCCUACAUCGGCUUCGACGCCGUGAGCACCAUGGCGGAGGAGACCAAGAACCCGGCGCGCGACAUCCCCAUCGGGCUCGUGGGCGCCAUGACGCUCACCACCGCGCUCUACUGCGUGCUCGCCGUCACGCUCUGCCUGAUGCAGCCGUACUCGUCCAUCGACCCCGACGCGCCCUUCUCCGUGGCGUUCUCGGCCAGGGGCAUGGACUGGGCCAAGUACAUCGUCGCCUUCGGCGCGCUCAAGGGGAUGACCACCGUGCUGCUGGUCAGCGCCGUCGGCCAGGCGCGGUACCUCACGCACAUCGCCCGGACGCACAUGAUGCCGCCGUGGCUCGCGCAGGUGCACCCGCGCACGGGGACGCCCGUGAACGCCACCGUCGUCAUGCUCGUCGCCACCGCCAUCAUCGCCUUCUUCACCGACCUCAACAUCCUCUCCAACCUGCUCUCCAUCUCCACGCUCUUCAUCUUCAUGCUCGUCGCCGUCGCGCUGCUGGUCCGCCGCUACUACGUCGCUGGGGAGACCACGGCCGCCAACCGGAACAAGCUGGCGGCGUGCAUCGUCGCCAUCCUGGCCACUUCGGUGGCGACGGCGACGUGCUGGGGGGUGGACGUGAACGGGUGGGUGCCGUACGCGGUGACGGUGCCCGCGUGGUUCGCGUCCACGGUGUGCCUUUGGGCGUUCGUGCCGCAGGCCAGGGCGCCCAAGCUGUGGGGCGUGCCGCUGGUGCCGUGGCUGCCGUCGGCGUCCAUUGCCAUCAACGUCUUCCUCCUGGGCUCCAUCGACUCUAGGUCGUUCAUGCGGUUCGGGUACUGGACGGCCGCGCUGCUGGUUUACUACCUCUUCGUUGGUCUGCACGCGUCCUACGACACGGCCAAGGCGCUCGCCGCCGAGUCUGCCAUCGCCAAGGUGGAGGACGGCGACGGCAAGCCGGCACGAGGCGCCGUCCAUAACGGCGAGCACUGA